GCGACGUGCAGUUUGACCAAGGAGCACGCUGCAUCACAUGCCCAUGACUCAUGUCACGCACGCACCCUGAAGGGAAGGGAGGGGUAUUAGGCAAAUGAGACACCUUAAAAGCUAACCGGUCUCACAGAUACAAUGAUUGUCGUACCAUUCUGUUGACUGCUGAUUUCUGAGGAUAGACUACUCACACGCUGGACCUGGAAGAGGCUCUAUGAUGUCAAGUUACGGCAAACUGAAACUGGUGGAAUUGUUUUAUGAUGUAAUAUCCCCUUACUCAUGGCUAGCAUUUGAGGUGUUUUGUCGGUACAGGAACGUAUGGAAUAUCAAUCUGAAGUUGCGACCUGCCCUUCUGGGUGGAGUCUAUAAAGGUGCCGGUAACAGGAGUCCUGAUGAUGUUCCUAGAAAGUUCCACUACAUGGCAGCAGACCUACUCCGCUUGGGCUCCUACGCCGGAGUUCCACUCAGAGUUCCUGCUCAGCCUGUCAAUGUUUUGAUGGCCAAAGGUUCUCUGGAGGCCAUGCGCUUUGUGACUGCAGUGGCUGAGAAGGAGACAGGUGGAGAUGCCCAGGUGGAGAAGGUCUCCAGGGAGCUGUGGAUGAGAAUCUGGAGUAAUAGCCAAGACAUCACCCAGCUCAGCUCUCUUGCAGAGGUGGGUCUAAAUGCUGGACUAUCUGACAAGAAGGUACAAGAAUUACUGGAAAUGUCUCAGAGUAAGGCAAUCAAGGACAAGUUGUGGACAACUACCCAAGAAGCCCUUGAUUAUGGGGGUUUUGGAUUUCCCCUCACAGUCUGCCAUGUAAACGGAGAGGCCAAAAUCUUCUUUGGAUCAGACAGAUUUGAACUAAUGGCUCACUGUCUCGGUGAGAAGUGGAUGGGACCACAGCCUGUGCACCCGUCAGUAACUCUCAGUCAACAACCAGCCUUUAUGAGAGCAGCCAUGGCCCAUUGAGACUUUCUCUUUGGACAGAGACAUUGACAUCUUCUUUAAUGAGUUGGAUAUGGGACUAUUGGGACUAUUGUGUUGGAUAUGGAGUUGGAUAUGGGACUAUUGGGACUAUUGUGAGUGAGCUUCAGCAGAUCCUUUUGUCCGAGGUGACAGGAACUCUCACAAUGUUCGGCUGGCUCUCAAACUUAGACCUGCACUUUUUAAGUGCUGACACCACCUGCGUUCCACGCAUGCUCCUACUGUGCUAAUUUAGCCCCAGGCUACCACACCCCAACUCAGACCCAGUAGCAGCACUACUACCGUGCUAAUUUAGCCCCAGGCUACCACACCCCAACUCAGACCCAGUAGCAGCACUACUACUGUGCUAAUUUAGCCCCAGGCUACCACACCCCAACUCAGACCCAGUAGCAGCACUACUACUGUGCUAAUUUAGCCCCAGGCUACCACACCCCAACUCAGACCCAGGAGUCAGUAGCCCUUGGUUGUGGAAAUGAAAAAGAAAGUGACUAUUAAAAAUAGUUUGUGUACAUAUUUCAGAUAUUUCAGUAUUUAUAUUAAUGUCAAGCCAAGUCAACUUUAUUGAUGUAAUAAAAUAUGUUAUUCUUUUCUAAA